GUAGCCGCACUUUCGCUUUUCUCUCCAAGCGCAAUGAAGGUGCGCAGAGACCUUUACGCAGCGCUGGCUUGCUGGGCGCUGGAGAUCUUAUGCCUGCAGGCUCAGUUGCUGCCUUAUACCCCCUCCCAGGUGUUUCCGUGCCACAACCCCAGACAAGAAUAUUACAACGAAAACAUCCAAAAAUGUUGCAGUCUGUGCCCUCCAGGUUCCCGUGUGCAUCAGAAGUGCGACAGCAGUGUCAACACGCAAUGCGUCCCAUGCGGGGAAGGCUUGUUUAACAUGGCCUGGAGUCGAGCCCCACGGUGUUUUAGUUGCUCACCACCAUGCAAAGAAGGCUUUGUGGAGGAAAAAACUUGCACCAGCACCCAAAACAGAGUCUGCUGGUGUCCCCGGGGCCACUUCUGCAGCUCGCUGGUCUCCGGGAAAUGCUACCACUGCCAGCCGUACCGGAAGUGCGAGAUGGGCUACGGAGUGCUGCAGCCGGGCACAAGAGAAACGGAUGUGGAAUGUGCCCCAUGCCAACCGGGCACAUUUUCCGAUCACGAAUCACACCAGAAUGUCUGCACCCCUCACAGGACAUGUCAGCCCGUGCUCGUUCCUGGAAACAGCACCCACAACACCGUUUGUGGCAAUCCAGGUGGGCAGGUUAACCCCAGGACAACAACUCCGCAAGUCACAACCGCUACGAAGAGGCUUCUGUGGCGCCUUGGGACCGAGAGACCAACCUCCAACCAACAGGAUCCAUCAGCACAGACUGGGCGGAUUGUUGGUAUGAUGGCUAUCCCAGUGGUCCUGGCAGCCCUCAUUUGCUUCAUCGUUUUUAGAAAAAAUGGUCAAAAGUGUGUCCUCAAACGGGAGGAGAAAAAACAGCCGUUCUUGCCUGCCGAAAAGUUCCCGGUGAAGUGGCCUCAGGAGCCCGCGGCUGUGGGGCAGGAGAAGGACAGCCUCUUGCGGAUGUCCCCUUCCAGUUUGGGGGACAGUCCAGCCGGGUGCGAGAAAAGCAGCGAAACCGACAACGGAGACCCUCCCAAGUUGGAAACGGACGACGUUCAACAGAGAUCAGUGAACACGGAGGCGUGCAAGAGCACAGCAGAUUCAACAGGGAUUGUGGCAAACGGGAAAAUCCACGUCAACGUGAGCUGCGUGGUCAGCGUCUGCAAUGACAGCCAUUCUCCGGCCUUGAAGCCCUCAGGGGCGGCCGAAACCGGACACCCCGCAGACCCUCCCUUCUCGCAGGAAGAAACUGCCACGAGAGGAGAGUCCGGCCGGGCAGUCGCGGUGGAGGUCGAAGACAGCUCGGACUUCUUGGACCCCUGUGGGGGGAAGCCCCUCCCGCUUAGCGUCCAAGAUGCCGGCAUGAGAACGACGGAGGGUUUUCCAGGCAGCGACUUCCGCCUUGCUCGAGUCACUCCACAAAUGACUGAGGCAGAAAAGACGUUCGCGAAGGACAAAAAAAACCUAUUUAGGUAGUCCUCGACUUAAUGACCAUUUAUUCAGUGACGGCUGAUGUCGCAAUGGUGCUUGGAAAGAAAAAGCGACUUGGGACAGGUCCUUGUACUUAUGGCUGUCGCGGCGUUCCCCGUGGUCGCACGAUCAAAACUCAGGUGCUGAAGCCAUUGACUCAUCUUUACAACGGUCGCCGCCUCCCAGGGUCACGCAAUUCCCUCCUUUUAGCGACCUUCCGACGAGCCACAAGUCAGCGGGGGAUGCCGGGAUUCACUUAACGACCGUGCGACCAACCGCAGCAAUUUACUUAACAACGGCAGCCAGAAAGGUCGUAAAACAGAGCCGAAGUCACUGUCUUGCUUGGCAACAGGGACAUUUGGGGUCGUAAGUCCGAGGACAGCCUGUCGUUGAAUUUAAGGAAUAACUGUCCCCAACCCUGAGGGAUGAUUUGCAACCAUCCUUAAAAAACAGUCUUAAAAACGCACAAUUUCCACACAUACCCCUCAAAAUAUCUCAGUUUAUGGCGGUGCCAAAUUUCAGACCAGCUGUAAACCUCUCUCUUUGCUGCCCCCUCAUGGCGGCCCAGAUUUCUGCAGUUGAAAUAUUCACCGCCAAGUUUUAAUUUCAGGUUUUUAAAAAACUCUUUGUUGUUGUCAUCUUUCCUAUUUUUUGUACUCCGGCUGAAUAAAAUCCUAUUUU